AACACACACACAUCUGGAAAGCAUUGAACACAGAGUGUGGAGCAAAGCAGGGAAGGAGCUGCACACAGAGAUUUGUCCCAACAGGAGAGUAAAAUACAGAGUGCAGCCUUAAAGAUGGAAAGGAGGAGUCUGCACAGACCCUGGAAAAGACGAGACGACUGAGAAACGCUGGAAACCUUCAUCCAACUGAGAAGAAGUCAAAGAGAAACCAGAGAAUUUGACUGAAGAGUCUGGCAGGAGCGAACGCCACUUUCAGAUCCAGACUGAGGAGGUGGAGGGGAGUGGGACCAGAGAGAGGUCUUCUCCAUCAGGAUGCCGGGCACUCAGAGAUGUUUGUGCUGCUUCAAAUAUUUGAUGUUUGGGUUUAAUCUGAUCUUCUGGCUGGGAGGAUGCGGCUUGUUUGGAGUGGGAGUCUGGCUGUCCUUCACCCAGGCAGAGUUCUCCUCUCUCCCUCUGUCCUUCCCAUCGCUCUCAGCUGCCAACCUGCUGCUGGUUGCAGGUGGCAUCACCAUGGUGACAGGCUUUCUGGGCUGCCUGGGAGCCCUUAAAGAGCAGCGCUGCCUUCUGAUCACGUUCUUCGGGAUCCUGCUGGUGCUGGUUGUGACAGAAGUGACUCUUGCACUGGUGGUGCACAUCUUCCACGACGAGAUGGAUGCACGAGCCCAGAGGGACCUAAAGGAGGGAAUGGAGACUUAUGUGUCAAACCCUGAACUGAAGAAAUCCUGGGACUUUGUCCAGAAAAAAUUCAAAUGCUGUGGAGCCACCAACAAAACGGACUGGUAUGGCGUGCUGAACGGAACGCUGCCCGUGUCCUGCUGCUCUGUGGAGGCAGCAGACUGUGACGAGGGCUGGAGUGAGCCAUGCUACCAGAAGGCCAAGCAGUGGCUGCUUGACAACAUCCCGUCUGUCCUGGUGUUUGGGUGUUGCAUCGGUGUUGUGCAGAUUCUGGCUCUGAUAUUCUCCAUGAUGAUGUACUGUCACAUUCGUCAUGCUGAGAAAAACCUGGACUAACUGUGGUUUCCUGAAGCUCCUCCCAUCAUGAUGAAUGAAAUCAGGACUGCGUUUGGACAAAAGCUGCACAAAUGAAGUUGAUGUAAAUUUUGUGCAAUCAAAAUCUAGGGUUCACUGUAUUGUCAGUCAGUAGUCAGUUCUUGUUUUCAGGUGGAUCCAGUCUCAGCUGAAAUACUAACGCUUGAUUAUUAAAAUUAUCCAAGAACAUCAUUACUGCUUUAACUGGAGGUUUAGAAUAAAGUAAACGACAGUUUGUACUCAUUAAAUACAUGUUAAAUGCA